UGCCAAAACGCCGAAGAGGUUCCAAUUAAUUUGGGUUAUUAAAUUAAUAAAGUAUUUUCAACUUAUAAUUCGUGUAGACUGACCAGAGUCCACGAGUAAUAACUAUAUUAAUUAAAUUAUAAUAAUAAAAAAAAAAAGAAAAAUGACUGAACGAUAUACAUUCGGAGGAUCACUUAAUGCAAUAACUUGUCAUGCUUGGAACAAGGAUCGCUCACAAAUUGCAUUAUCACCAAAUAAUAACGAAAUUCAUAUUUAUUCUCGUGAAUUGAAUUGGAAGCUAGUGGACGUCCUAAACCAACAUGAUUUACGUGUUAUGGACAUUGAUUGGGCCAGAAACACCAAUCGCAUUGUCAGCUGCGCUGCUGACCGAAAUGCCUAUGUUUGGUCCCAAGGUGAAGACGGCAAAUGGAAACCAACUCUGGUGUUGCUUCGAAUUAAUAGAGCAGCUACUUGUGUGAAAUGGUCUCCAAGUGAAAAUAAAUUUGCCGUUGGGUCUGGGGCUCGACUUAUUUCGGUUUGUUAUUUCGAAUCGGAAAACGAUUGGUGGGUUUCGAAGCAUAUCAAGAAGCCAAUUCGAUCAACAAUUACAUCUUUGGAUUGGCAUCCAAAUAAUGCUUUGCUUGUUGCAGGUUCAACAGACUAUAAGGUUCGCGUUUUUUCAGCUUACAUUAAAGAUAUCGAAGACCAACCAACUCCAACACCAUGGGGUAAUCGUAUGACCUUGGGGCAUUUAAUGGCUGAAUUUAAAAAUGCAGCCAACACUGGUGGUGGUUGGAUUCAUAGUGUUAGCUUUUCUGGUGAUGGCAAUCGUAUAUGCUGGGUUGGUCAUGAUAGCUGCAUCAAUAUUGCAGACUCAACCAAUGGAAACAUUAUACGAUGCAAGACUGAGCAUCUUCCAUUUUUAAGCUGUGUUUGGAUUAGCCUAGAUUCGGUUCUAGUAGCAGGACAUAGUUGUGUUCCUUUGAUUUUCUCUUUAGAUGGGAAUAAAAUAAAUUUCUCUGCUAAGCUCGAUACUACGCAGAAAAAGGAGUCUAGUGGAAUAUCAGCUAUGCGUAUCUUCCAGUCAUUGGAUCGAAAUUCUAGAUCGGAGAAUUCUGACUCUUUUAUAGAGUCGAUUCAUCAAAAUGCUAUUUCGUGCGUUCGAAUCUAUUCCGGAGACAAGCUGUCUUGCAAAAAAAUAAGCACUUCGGGCACUGAUGGUCAACUCGUUAUUUGGGACUUGGAUUCAAAAUUGAUUAACUCCUUCAAAGGACUUAAUCUUGAUGGGAAGUAGGCAGUUAAAUUCCGGUUAAAUUUAUAAAAAGCGUUUAGCAUUUAACAACAAUAUCUCUAAAUUUUUUUAUCAGUUCUAAAUUUCGUUUCAAGAUUGAAAUAUAUGCUUGGGUAUAGAAAUCAUAAAGCUUUAACUACACAUUUUUUUUUACCAUAUCUACAUGUAUUUCUAUGUUUUGUUUUUGUAUCUUUAUUGGGCUAAAAUAUACAUAUAUGCUUGUGAAACAA